CACACGCCAACCUCUCCGACUUCACACUCCAUUACGGCUGUUAAGAAAGGCAAAGCAUGACUGUGGACUAUGGGAUGUGUGCACGUCGGCUGCUUCGAAGGUGUGUCGUCAUAUACCUGGUAUCGGUUACGCUCAUUCAAAGUAAAGAUGUCACCAUGGUGAUAGGAGAGGUGGGUGGGGCUGUGACCCUCCCCUGUAUCUCUGACCUCCAGAGACUCCCAAUCCACCUGUAUAUACAGAGACCUGACCCAGACGAGUUCAUUAAUGGCUACCAUAAGACGAGGGACUUACCAUCCCCUCACCCGGAUUAUGCAAACCGUACUCAAGUAGACCACACACAGGGAACGAUGAAGCUGUGGAGUAUACGGCUGUCAGAUGAGGGGCUGUACGAAUGCCACAUCGGAUACCCAACCAAGAACAACCAGGAGAACAUACAGCUCAAUGUGACAGCCAACUACAGCAUCCCCAAUGUAACAGUGGCCUGUGACAACGGCAGAUGCUUGGUGACAUGUUCCUCCGACAACGGUUACCCUCGUAGGGAUGUUGAGUGGAGCCUGAACCCUCCUCUUAACCAGAGCACCUGGGGAGCAGUGAACAGCAGUGAAGUGAGAGACCCGGCUUCUAUGCUGUUCUCUGUCUUCAGUUCCAUAUCCGUCAACUGCUCCUCCGGACUCCGGCUGAACCUCAGCUGUGCUGUAGGGGGCGCCCUCUCACAGGAACACACUGUCUGCAGGCCUCCUGAUAUCUCUGUUGUCUCUGUGAUCUCUGCUGUCUCUGUGAUCGCUGCUGUUCUGCUGUGUUUCCUGGUUCUGGUAUCUAACAGCAAGAAAAAGAAGGCUCACACAGCCAGAGGUACUCAAGGAGGGAAGGGAGCAGCAAGUUCAGAUGAAAAUGUACAGCUGACCUGAAGGAACCCAGAAACUUGAACAUUUGGAAGGCAGAAUGUGGAAGGUUCUAUCAUUUGAUAUGAUAAUUAUAAAUCUGAACUCAUUGGAUACUGCCUUCUAAUGGGACAUGGUAAAGGGGUUGCUGAGGUGACCUAACCAUUGCCUGGACUUGUUGCUGUUGGAAACUAUGUUAGCUUUCCUCUACACGCUGGAUGGUAAGCUGGAGUUCAGGGGUGUUUUCACGGUGUUGAGGAAGACUGACAAUUGUAUAAAUAUUUAAAUAGUAUGUUCAAGUGACUGAGUUCCACAGAAGAACCAAUGAAAACUAGAAGUGCAAUGACUGUCCUCAAUGUGUGCACUAAACCAGGGUAUGUAGGGUAUGUAGUAUCCAAGGCAAUAUAUCUUGUAUUUGUAUUGUGUUUGUAUUAGGACUAGAGACAUGCACUGCACUUUAGAGAAGUGUACACUUAUCAGGGAUUGACUGUAUUCAACUGACUGAUGAAUACUGGAAGUGAAUACAGGAAGUGAAUACAGGAAGUGAAUGUGUCUGUCCGUAGUAGAUCUUAUUUCAGAUCCAAUACCAGCCUCUCCCACUAGGUCCGAGUCCACCCCACAUACUCCACAUUUCUUUUUUAAACGGGGCAGAUGAGCAUACAUGCGCUGUUCUUCUAUCGCACGUGAAAUGAUGUCAAAGGGGGAAAAAAACUGUGUUCUUUGUUUGAAGUAACGCCUUUGUUGUUGUAAUAUCGCAAAUGGACGUGGCAGUUUUACCUCUAGAAUUCCAGAUUUAAGGACUUACAGGUGCUGGUUUUUCAGUGUUUGUGGGCUGAAGACGAAUGCUGAACGUGUGUAACAAUGUGUCUUGAUUCUUUUUGGAAUUAUUUUCAAAACAUUUUUGCAUGUAAAUAUAUGAAAUAUGUUGUUCUCGUGUAAGGUAAUCUUGAGGGCACAUAAUAUUUGUAUUAUUUUAUAUAAGUUAUGAAUAAGUUAUUAAUGUUAAAUUAUGUCUUUCAACUUUUUAAUAGCUAUUAAAAAUGGUCUACUUUGCUAUAAAUAAGUGGUGGAGCUGUUGACAACACCUUUUGUAGGACUGUGGAUCAAUUCUGUUAGGAACUCAGUCGGGGGCUUAAUUGACUGUUUAAAGUUAGAAUAGUAGACUACACGAGGUUACAUUUCAAAAUUGAGUUUUGAAUCUGCAUCUUUUCCCAAUAAA